GCAUUAUUGAAUGCAGAAGCAAGAGAGCAUCGAUACACUCGUGCCGCUUCCGCGCGCGGUGCCCAGUGCGUUGACCGUAUUUUUGGCCAACUUGGUCUCGGGCUCGGUCGCUGGCGCCGUCACGGAUUCAAUUUUGCUGCCGUUCGACACGAUCAACUUGCGCAUCAAAGUGCAGGUCGCGGAUACACCCAAGUACACGGUCAUUUGGCCAACGUGGAAGACCAUUGUGCGCGAAGAGGGCGUCCGGGGGCUCUUUGGCGGCCUCGGGACGACGCUCAUGAUGGCACCGAUCAACACAGGCAUCUAUUAUGCUGCGUACGAAGUCGGCAAAUCGUGUCUCGUGUCGGUCGUGCCGCCAGAGCAAGCGCCCGUCGCGCAUUUUGCUGCCGGGUGCUUUAGCGAAUUCUGCAGCUCGGCGACCAACAUACCGAGCGAAGUCAUCAAGUCCCGGAUGCAGAUGGGCGCCAAUCCGCAGCUUGCGACCGGCGAUAUGUCCAAGCACUCGACCAACUACCGCGGCACCUUCCAUGCCGUCUCGUCCAUUGUGCGUACGGAAGGUGUGCGCGGGCUCUACUCGGGCUACACGGCCUGUCUGGCCAUUGAAGCGUCCUUUGCCGGCUUUUGCUUUGUGUUUUACGAGGCACUCAAGAAGCAAUUCACGACCAAGUUGGAUCGGUUGCCAACCACGGCCGAGACGAUUGCCAUUGGUGCCGUGUCUGGGGCUGGCGCCGCGGUGCUGACUAACCCCUUGGACGUCGUGACGCUGCGCCUCAUGGUGCAAGGCAACAACCAAGUGUACCGUGGUAUUGUACACUGCCUCCAACGGUCGAUCGCGGAAGAAGGCCUUCGACUGCUCUGGAAAGGAUCGAUAAUCCGCAUGAUGAGCACCGUGCCCAACACGGGCAUCUCGUUUGGUGUCUACGAGGCGACCAAAAGCUUCUUGAACGGCGAGGUGAUUCGAUAAUGUGGCGUAGAACUCGAGAGACUAUAGUGUGGUCCAUUAAACUACAUUCAAUGAUGUGCUCUGACCGCUCG